AAUUUUGGGCAAAAUGUGCUAUUGAAGGUUGCUUGGUUUUUUAUUCAUCCCUCUAACCUCUCUAACACCGCUGUCAGCUGCUCAGCUGUCUGUGACGUUUUCCUGCGGUUGUCAAACAUAUCAACAAACAAUACCAAUAUUUACAGUUAAUAAAAAAACUGAAAAAAAAAUAUAAAUAUAACUCGACCACAGUUAAGGUCGAAUUAUGUCCAGCGAAGCCACGGGUUAUACAAUACUAGACAGAUACAGAUCAAUAGCAAGUAAACUGAAAAAGCGCUUUCUACGCAAACCAAAUGAAGCCGAAGCAGCAGAAGGAUUUAUUAGCCUGGGUCAUCACUGUGAAUCCGAAGAGCUGCCGCAAUAUGCUGCAAUGAGUUGGUUAGCUGCUGCCAGAUGUGAAGGCUCUUUGAGCCACCCAGUUAGUGAAACCUCCCUUCUGGUGAGGGCGGGAAGGCAGUUUCUAAAAGCAGGAAAUGACGACCUGGAUAUUGGCUGCAUUAGUGUUAGCAGUGAAAGCCUGCAGGCUGGUCUGGCCUGCCACAAUCAUGCCUCCUCACGGUACCCAGAAGAUAGUCUAUUGGCUUUAGGGUUGAAUCUCGAAAUUAUCGAAUAUCUGAAAAGAAUAGAGUGUACGGAAAGUCUGGAAGUAUAUCUGAAUAAUGCUUUAGAAUUGUCCAAAGGCACAGCAGAAGCCCAUCUUCAUUGCUUGGAUUUGCUUGCUUCGUAUUAUAUUUCCACAGGUGAAUGCGUUUCUGGUGUUCAUACCUACCAAAAAAUAGCCUCAAUUUUGCAAAACAGCUACUUAAACGGUCAUACAUGUGAACUGCUACUCAAGUGCGAAGUGAAUUCAGUAUUUUUGUUACUGAUUUUACGGCCAAGUCCCCACAAUAUUUCUGCCGAUUUUGCCAAGAUUCUCGAGAAGUAUACAUGGGGGGAUCAAAACGAUGAAACCUUACAGGCUUGCAGGAUGACAGAAAGAUUGUUUAUCCUUUUACAAUCUCUUGUUACUUCCUGCCAGUCAAGGAGCACGACUAAUUUGGUGGAAAUCGAGGCAGAUUUCUGGCCUUAUUUGUCCACUGAACAAAAAGAUCUGUUGAGGAUAUUAGUUAAGACUUAUUAUUACUAGGAGUGCAUUAAAAUAUUUUUUUAUAAGUAAA